AGCGGAUAUGACGUCAUCGAGACGCUUCUGUUGGGCUUCCUAAAAAUAAUAAUGGACGACCAGUGAAGAUAUUCCACCAAAAGCAGCGGUCUUGAAGCCCAACAGGCACUUUAACUCUAAAGUACUGAUAUUUAUUGACAUGUGAUCUAAUGACCGCGUGCUCCGGUCCAGACGCCACCCGGAAAUCGCGCUGCCUGCUGUCAAAAUGAGCGAUGUUGUGGAGAAAACGCUGACAGCUCUGCCAAGCCUCCUCUCUUUAGACUCUCAGCCUGGCUCUGCCAAGCUGUCCUCCAGCUCUAAGCUAGGAAACCUCAUCAGAGGAAUCACUGAACUAACAUCUAAACAUGAGGAAGAGAAACUUAUUCAGCGAGAGCUGUUGCUGAUUAAGGAACAGGUGUCUUCCCCCAACACUACCAUGAGGCAGAUGAAGGAGCUCAUGGUGAGAGCGAUCUACUGUGAGAUGCUGGGCUACGGGGUCUCCUUCAGCUACAUUCAUGCCAUCAAGCUGGCUCAGCAGGGGAAUGUUCUGGAGAAAAGAGUCGGUUACCUCGCUGUGUCGCUGUUUUUGAAUGAAGGUCACGAGCUGCUGCUUCUCCUGGUCAACACGGUGUUGAAGGAUCUCCAGAGUACGAACCUGAUCGAAGUGUGCAUGGCUCUCACAGUGGUGAGCCAGAUGUUCCCCAAGGACAUGAUCCCCGCCAUCCUCCCCCUGGUGGAGGAAAAGCUCAAUCACCCGAAGGAAAUAAUUCGACGCAAAGCUGUCCUGGCGCUGUACAAGUUCUACCUGAUAGCGCCGAAUCAGGUUCAGCACAUUCACAACAAGUUUCGCAAAGCUCUGUGCGACAAAGACCCGGGCGUGAUGUCGGCGUCUCUGCACAUCUACUUGCAGCUCAUCCAGGAGAAUCCCGAAGGUUACAAAGAUCUCGCACCGAGCUUUGUCACCAUCCUCAAGCAGGUGGUGGCAGGAAAGCUGCCCAUGGAUUUCAACUAUCACAGCGUUCCCGCUCCCUGGCUCCAAAUCCACCUUCUCCGAAUUCUCUCCUUUCUGGGGAAAAGCGACCAGAGCACGAGUGAGAUCAUGUACGAAAUCCUCGACGAGUCUUUGCGACGGGCAGAGAUGAACCACAACAUCACCUACGCUAUUUUGUACGAGUGUGUAAAAUGUGUUUACACCAUCCAUCCCAAAUCUGACCUUCUGGAGAAAGCGGCAAAGUGCAUUGGCAACUUUGUUCUGUCGCCGAAGAUUAAUCUAAAGUAUCUCGGUCUGAAGGCGCUCACCUACGUGGUCCAGCAGGACCCAAAGCUAGCCCUGCAGCAUCAGAUGACCAUCAUCGAGUGCCUGGAUCACUCUGACCUCAUUAUCAAGCGGGAGACGCUGGAGCUGCUCUUUCGAAUAACUAAUGAGCAGAACGUCACAGUGAUUGUCGAGAAGAUGCUGGACUUCCUGCGGAUCAAUAAAGACGACCACACAACCAUUGACCUGGUGGGGAAGGUGGCAGAACUGGCAGAGAAAUAUGCGCCGGAUAAUGAAUGGUUCAUUGAGACCAUGAACACGGUGUUUUCAGUCGGUGGAGACUUGUUGCAGCCGGACAUCCCAAACAGUUUUCUUAAACUGCUCUCUGAGGGGUUUGACAGUGUGGAAGAAGACAAGAAGCUGAGGCUGUUUGCUGUGAAUUCAUACGUUUCUUUGCUAGAAGGAGAGCCCAGCAAGCUGCCACAGCGCUUCCUCCAAGUAAUCUGCUGGGUUCUCGGUGAGUUCUCUCAUUUAAGGGAGGAUCUUGAGCCGGACGUCGUUCUCAGGAUGCUCGCCAAGCUGUUGGACAUGAAGAGCAGCAGCAGUGAAACAAAGUGCUGGGUCCUCAUGGCAAUGACCAAGCUCUGCUCUGGCGGAGCGGCUCUGGCUUUGGUUCAGGAUGUCUCAGAAACAUACAGCAGCUCCCUGGACACUAUGCUGAGACAAAGAGCUCAGGAGCUGCAGAUCCUCAGCCAAGACUCUAAACUGCAAGCGAAGGUGUUACCUCGAAGUGCCAGCAUGGAGCCUGUGGAGGUGGAUUCCUCCCUUUCGUUCCUGGAUGGAUUCGUGUCGGAGGCGUUGGCUGCGGGCGCGGCUCCUUACAAGCCUCCACAUCAAAGGCAGGAGGAACUGUCGCGAUCAAAAGCGCUGAACAUGGAGCCCUACGGGCUGUCGCUGCCUAUCGGCAUGUCCUCAUGCAGCGUCACAGACAGACAGUCUCCCACGCUGUUGUCCAUCAGCUCGGGUCUCUCGGGCGACAGCGCCGAUUUCUCUCACAAGGGCAGCUCUGCAGCUUUGAAGCUGGAUGGUGUGAAGAGGCUCUGGGGCAGAGAUGGCUAUCUGGCCAAGAAGGAAACUGCUGAAGAAGCUCCUCAGGUGGAGGCCGCCAGCCCGGUGCGGUCCCCCAGCCAGCGGGGCGACACCGACGGCUCCGUCAGUCAAACACCAACCCCUGAAUGUGAUCAGGAGAAACAGCAGCUGGCGUCCUCGCUGUUUGUGGGUCUGGCCACCCAUAGCUCCGUGUCUCUGAUGGGGAAGUCUGAGCCAACAUCCCAGCGUUUCAGAAGAAAACCCAAAGCUUCAGGGAGCAGCGAGCCAAUGAGCAACCCCCUCGCCUCGCCCUCCGAUGGUGCCGAUAACGUGCUGCCUCAGAACCUGCUGGACUCGCCGGACCUGGACGUUUCCUCGCCUGAACAGACACACGGACUCCCCCGGGACCCCGCUACUCCGAACGGCUCCUGCAGCGCAGAGGAAGAGUCAGCUGACCCGAUGGCCGGCGCUCCUCCUCUCGUCCCAGCUGAACCUUCUGCGCACGGAGACCCGGACAGGUCCAGAGACUCGUGUCUCUCCUCACAUCUUCCAGCGGAGCUUUCUGCUCUGUCUCACUCUGAAAUCACUUCGCUGUGCUCCAACCAAAGCCUGGAUGUCUCCGCCUGCCACGUGCAGAGGGAGGACUCGGUGGUGCUUGUUGUCUUCGUCUCCAACCGCUCAGACUUUUGCCUUCAGCAGAUGCGACUGCAGGUCCAGUCUGAAGAGCUGGAGGUAUCCUGUGCGAGCGACUGUCCCUCAGAGGAGCUGAAAAGCCACAGUGUAGCAGUGUGUCAGUAUUUGCUAACGGUAAAGAGACCCUCCGUUCACUUUGAUCUGUGUGCAACGAUAUCCUGGCAGCUGCCUGCUGGGUCGCCGCAGACAGCGCCGUUCUCAUACAAGCUUCCUCUAACAGGCUUCAUCAGAGCGUUGAGGCUGUCCACCGAGGAGUACGGCGCCAUGUGGCUGGCCUACUCGCACGACACCAAGCUGAAUCUGACGCUGAUAGACGACGACCAGGAUCCCCUCGCAGCUACGCUCCAUGUACUGAAGAGAGAGCUUCAGCUUCAUGUGGUGGAAAUUAUAGGUGUGGAAGCGAUUGUAGCUUGCUGCCUGCAGCAGGAUCAGCCAUGCCUCAUGCACUGUCGCGUGCAUGCCGGCAUGCUGGCCGUCUGGCUGCGCUCCCCUGUCCCCGACCUGCCCGACUGCCUCCUCUACCACUGUCAGAGAGCCCUGCAGGAGCCCUGAGGUCCUCAGCUGCAGCACCGUCUCAACUCCACACAGCCCUCCGGCACUGAACAAAGAGAUAAAGGGAGCUGCAGGACAUACCGGCACCAGCUGCUUUCAUUUCAUGUCUUUCAUUUGCUGGCUGUUGCUGUUUCAUUUGUUCACAGAUGAUUGGAAAUAAUGGAAAAGACGUGGCGGGUAAUGAGCUCAGGGCUUAGUGUGUGUUUUAAAUGACACUAUUGUCUUAAAAAUAUAGUAUUAUAACCGCUGUUUAAGCAAGUCUUCUUUUUCGAAGAUGAAUAAAGUCAAAAACUGCAAUUGUACUCUCCUCUUAAAACUAAUUUUAAUAGCAUCAAACUAAAACACAAGAUUUUAUUUCACCUUUGGUUUCUAUGUUCUGAUUUCUGAUUCUUAACCCAGGUUCUUAAAAUUAGCUUCACUUCUGUGGCUCCAACCGUCGCGACUAAAAAAAACUCCACAAAGGAUGAUAAAUAAAUGUAGUUUGUUCUCCUGAUGAGCUGCAGGGAAACACAAAGAGUUUUCUUUAGUAUAUUUCUGUAGGGUCUGGCUCAUAUGACGCACAUAUGUGGCAGAGAUCAGGGCUUUAUGUGCGGUCGUGCUUCAGGCAUCCAUGUUUAGUUGCUAUUUUUGUGAGCUAUAUUUUCAUUAACGCUUGAGAAAUUAUUUAAUAUAAUUGCUUUAGACCUGUCUUCCGAGUCUAUUACACUAGCUCAUUCACAUAAGUUGUGACCCCUGCACUAUUUUUGGAGGAUUAUGUAAAGGAAAAGCAAAAAAUAGUGGAAAUUUAAAGGGACUCUAGAAAUUGUUUUAUCUAAUAGCAAAGUUCUGAUUUUAAAUUGCUGUCUCUAAAAAGAAACAAGGCCACUCUGAAAUUUGGGAAAGUUAAAAAGAGGAUUUUAUUUAUAUUACUUUAAGUUUACUUUAUGAUGUCAUUAAUAUUCCUUUGUUUGGAAAAUCAAUGGUUCAUGUUCUCUGAGCUCCUAACAUACACAUAAUGUUUUUUCAUAGCAAUUCGUUGCUAUUGUUGCUUUUUAUGUGACAUUAUCAUCUAUGCACUCAUGGAUUUCUGUUAAACCUGGCAAAUGGUUUCACAUUUGUAUGUUUUUUUUUUAAUGCAUUCAGUAUUGAAAAUAUAUUUAUUUAGUUUGCUUUUUAAAUACUUUAUAUUAAUUUCACUAAAGCACAGGAAACCUCUGUGCUUCAUGUGCUGAUUGGCUGCUCUGUGAGUUUCUUUUUUCUUUUUUUUUUGCGGGGGUUUGAUCUAUUAAUCAUGUCUUACGCACUGAUUUAGAGCUGAACAGCGUUUGUAAAACUAAAACCUUAUGCCUUAUGUUCUAAUGCCAAGACGGCAUGUUUCAUUUGUGCCUGUGGUACAGAGAAGAGUCCUCGUUCCUUGGAGUGCUUGUCACUACAUUCUGGGAAUAUAUGAAUAAAUGCGACACUUGGAAAUGGA